AAUUUUGAGAAAAUAUUAUUCCUUUGUCAAAAUAGUAGGGUGCAUCUUUGAUAAGUAUAGGUCACUUCUCAGCCAACUGGGUGGCACGAGCCCCCCUGGGCCCGGCCCUGGAUUCGGGCCUGAGUUUAAAACAUUGGGUCGCGAAUGUCUCGUAAUUUCCGCAGUUUUCCGAGACUUUCCGAUCUAAAAUGGAGGCGUGUAACGUAGGGUUGAGAUUUUCAUUUCAAUAAGUGAUAUCGUUUAAAUGUCAAGUUUCCUUCCACAUAAAACAUUUGUUUAUGAAGCUUGAAUAUAGCAACGAUGUCAGCUUUGAGGUCAGUUCUUGAGAACAGCACGAUGUUGGAUAUCUACACGUGUAGCGUGUGUGGUAUGAAGAUUACGCUGAAUGUGUUAACGGAACAUGUGUUGCUGCAUGAUCAGUAUUCAGCCUUCUCCUAUAAUGAGACAACUAAAAUUAUCGAACCUUUGGAUGAAAUCCAAGAACAGCAAUUCCAGAAUCAGACUGCAGCCCCAGCUACUCCACCCAAACCUUACACAUUUCUUCCUUCUUCGUAUGCAUUUGUACCUGCAGUUACAUAUGAUUCUGCACAGACUUCUAGAGUCAGUACAACAGAAAUACCAGUAACAAAUCAAAAGAAUUCUCCAUUCGAUACUAAUAAUGUAUCCCCAGCGAUUGCUAUUUCGAAGAGUUACUCACUUGCUCCUCAUCUUCAGAACAAGAUAUCAAAAGCUCCCUUAGAUGAUUUGACUGGCAUUCAAAUGAUUGCAAAUGUUGCUGAAAGUCUUGGAAGAAGCGAAUAUGCUGAAACAGAUAUUAAUGGUGCUGGUGGUUGGACAGAUGAGAGUGGUAAAUUGAAUAUAAGUAAGCCAUUAGUAGCAGGCGAUGUUAUUGGUACAAUAAAACUACCAUUUAUAGAAAAUGGUUCUAUAGGGCCAGCUUGUGAGUGCUCUAUUGUUUUUAAUAGAUUUGUAAGUGAAAGUAAAACCUCAGCUGAAGAGCCUCAUUAUGAAGAAUUGAGCUUGGAAGAUAUAAUUGAAGAUGGGGAAGAAGAAGAAGAAGACUAUGGUGAAGAUUACAUUGAUUCAGAUGUGCCAUUAGUUAAGAGGCGAAGAGUUACGCUUAAUUCAACAUCAAAGGGAGGAAAAUACGGUCGUAAAAUGGAAGUUUACAAGUAUAAGGAACCAGAAGUUGCCAAUGAUGUCCAAAAUGAACUGCAGAAAAAUAUUGUCCCAGAACUUUUAAAAGAUCCCGCAGUUGUAAAAUACCUUGAAACAAUGACAGGAAAGACAAUAGAACCUGUGAAUGAUAAAGAAACUCAGAAUGUAAAGCAAGAAUUUCUGGAUAAAACUGAACAAGAUGCAACUCAUGAACUUUAUGAAGACGAUGAUAUGGUCAAAAAAACAGAUGAUGUAUUGAAACAAGGACAAAACACAGAAGAAAUUGAGAAAUUUAACUCUUCUCAGGGAAAUUUAACAAAGCAACCUCCAAAAGAACCACCAGUAGAUCCUGUUGAAGUCAGUUCAAAAAAUAUAAAUAAUGACGACGAAGAAUCUGUGAAUGAAAAUGUAGGGAAUCAAAAAGAACAAACAAGGAAUACAAUAGUUGUUAAGUGGGAACAGACAAACGCAGAUACUGAAAAGGCAAAAGAUGAAAAUGAUUUAAAACAUUCUGAGGAGGUUUCAUUGUCUAAACUGGAAGAAUGUGCUGUUGAUGCAUACACAGACCAUGUGUCAGAACUUGGAGGAAGUGAAAAUGAUGAUUCAGAACAGGAAAUGAUGGAUAUUGAAAGUGACAUUCAUGAAGCAAAUACAAGUACUGAAAACAUUAUAGAUACUGUCAGUGAAAAGCAGCUUUCACUUUUCAGUUUUAAGGUGGAACAGUUUGUUGAAGAUAUUGCUAACGAAGUUAAACACAAGUUCAGUGAUAAAAAGAACAUUGAAGAGGAAAAAGAUAUACCAAGUUCUAAAGAUUCAGCAGAAAAUAAGGAAAGAGAAGAGAAAAAUGCACUUGAUGAUCAAAGUUUGACCUUAGAACAUCAGUUGGAAAACAAGUUUUCAACAGCCAAUAAGAAGUUGACUUUCUGCUGUUCUAUAUGUAAGAUAAAUGUAGACUCAUUUGAUGCCUUAAGAAAACAUUUCUUGACACACAAGAAACAUGAUACAGAGCCAAAGAAAAGCUUAAAAGUUAUUGAUAAGAGAUUAAAUAUUCUUUCACAAAAAGUUUCUGAAAGUCUAGAGAAAUCACCUAAUAACUCUCAACUUGAAACUUCUUCUGAACACUUACUGUUCUACUGUAUGCUCUGUGAUAUAAUGUUACCUUCUCGGCAAGAACUACAAGAACAUUGUAAAGGACAUAAGAAUAAUGGAGUUGAAAAUGAAGAUAUCUGUAAACUUGAUGGAACAAGUGCCUCCGAAGAUACUUUAACAGCUGAUUCAGACAUUGAAUAUGCCAGUGAGAAUGAAAAUAAGUCUGUUACAGGUAAUGGAGUUAAAAAGUCCAAAUCAUCAAGUAUCAAGUCUGCAGGAAAGUUGAAUUCUAAAGGAAAGAGUGAUGGUUUGGAAUUGGAAGCCAGGUGUAAAGUUAAGUCAACAAGAGAAAGAACAUCAAACAUGAACAGAAAGAAAACUAUAAGAAAUGAUUACAUAUGUGAAAAUUGUGGGGCAGGAUUUUUGAAACUAGAGGAAUGUAUAGCUCACAUGAAUCGGUGUGAAGAUGCAACAGUUUUGAAAUGUUUUCAGGGAUGUGGAUAUAGGUUCAAAGCAAGAUCAGAGUUAGAUGUUCAUAAAAGGUUCUGCUCAAGAAGGUUGGCUUAUUUAGAGAGGAUAAACCUUGAAAUGAUAAAGACUGAACAUCCUGAAUUGGGAGAUAAUGACCAUUUUGAGACAGAAGAAGAAAAUGUUGAGAAAGUAUUUAACUGCCCAUUCUGUGACCAGAAGUAUCAGACCGAAGAGAAAAUGAUAUACCAUAAGCUGGUAUGUCCUGGACGACCGAAGCAGAAAUGUGAUCAUUGUGAUUUUGAAUGCAAGGGGGACAAAGCAAUGGGUAAACAUUUAGUUGAAAAACAUGAUUUAAAACCAUUUAAAUGUCAGCACUGUCCACGCUCGUUCAAACUCAAAGGAUCUUUGCGCGAUCACACCAGAUAUGCACACACUCGUGAAACAUUUACAUGUGAAUAUUGCGGAAAGUCAUUUAUUAAACAAAGUUUAUACAGAUCUCAUGUUUCAAUACAGCAUCAAGGGUUCCGUUUAGAAUGCAGUUAUUGUGGUAAAAAGUUCAAAGAUAAAAGGACAUGGCUUGUACAUGAGAAAUCGCACAAAGGUGCUUAUGACUAUGCAUGUGCUUUAUGUAAAAAGACAUUUAACCGCUCUGAACAAUACAGAGUUCAUAUGCAAGAAGUGCAUUCCAUUGAUGGAAAGGCAGCUCUCAGUUUGAAUAGUGCAGCUAAAAAGCUCCGAGAUGAACUAUGUUGCAAUGUAUGCAGUAUUUGUAAGGAGAAGUUCCCUCUUGAAUCUGCUUACACAGUGCACAUGCUGAAAGUACAUGGUCAAGAUGGAACGAUUCCAUUAGAAAAUCUCUGAAUAUGUACAUGAAUUCUUAAUUUCAGGAACUUUUGAAUUUUUAAAAUCUGCAUUUUAUAAAUGAUCAAUGAGUAAGUAACUAAAGAUUUUCUGAAUGGAAAUAGAUCUAUUAAAAUCAGACUUAAAGUGAUCCUAAAAUUUUAAAAACUUUAUGAAGUUUUGUUUAAAUUUCUUAAAACAAUUCAAUAGGAAUUUCUGAAAAUACCCUGUUUUUUACUUCAAAUUUCUAUUAUUAAUACAACACGGACUUUUUAAAUAACAUCUCAUUUGGUGUUAAACUAUUGAACAUUGAUUCAUGUGCUACAAAAUUCUUAAUAUUUUGUAGGGGACUAUUUUUCGAGGAUUCUUUGGUUGCACCAAACAAUAAUGAAAUUCCAACAGAUAAAUGAAAUGACCAUUUAUUCAAAAGUCAUUUCCACAAAUUUAUAUCCUUGCACAAUUGUUAACUUUAGACAAAUAUCUGAGAGGUUUUAUUUAUUAGCUCACCUGAGCAAAAGCCUGAGAGUGAGUUGCUGUGAUUUGCUGUGUAAGACAUUCACUUUUUCCUGUACGGGCAAUAGUGCAAGAUUGGACAGCAUACAUUUAAUAUAAAGCAUUUUCGGUUGUUUUUUUCCCAAAGUUAUGUUCAAGGAGAGUCUGUUGUUUCAAAUUCAGAAAUGUGUUUUUAGUCUGGCUCCCUGGCUGCAUGGUUACUUUUUAAAUACUGCAAAAAAUUUAUAAGUAAAUUAUAAGCCUCUAAAAUAGCAUAGAAACAACUUGAAGGAGUUACUACCACCGUUAAUGAAGAAAACUGAUAUAUGGGUAUAUGAGAAGUAUGACAGACCAAACAUAGGGAUGGGAGCCAGUCUAGUCCGUUUUAUAUACCAGUAAGAGUGUAUGUUUAUGAAAAGCUUUUAAAGUCUCUUUCUCGAAAAGUUUUAUUGGAGUUUAGAAAUACAGUAAAACACCACUCGCUCGAGGUCGCAAGGGGAUGAGCAAAAUGCUCGAGUUAUCCAUGGUUUCGAGCGACCCAAACAUUGACCAACAUACGAAGAAAACUGAAGUUUGUUUUACGGUCAUCGGAACCGUUUGCUGAGUAAACGGUGAUGCGUAAUAAUAACAUACUUGUGACAUUUUCCAAAACAAACGUAUUACAAACGUUAUCUAUUGAUAGACGUUUCAAUAUGUAAUUUGUAAAUGGCACAUGCGAAGAAACAACUAAGAUAUUUUUUUAAAUUUUUAUUCAUCAACAAGUGCAUAUCAUAAUUAUCGUCUCAAUUUUAUGAAACAGCUAUAUUAUUUCCUUCAUUUGCAUGCAAACAACUGCUGAUUAAAUUACUAAGAUUUCGAUCCCGCAGAAAAGAUGAUUUAAGUUAUCAGUAAUUGAUCAAUAUUUGAUCAAUAAAACUUUUCUUUAAGCUUUUAACAAUAAUUAAUCUCAUCAUAAUAUCAAAUAUACCAACAAACAAACAUUUAUUAAUAAGAUAGUCUGGGAAUAGACUACUACGCAAUUCUCAUGGUGUGUGAAAAUGUUUAAUUAACCGAUACAUUCUGACCGCCGAAAGUAUGAAAAAUUUUGACACCUCUGCUCGAGUUAGCCAGAAACAACAAAGAGUAAAUUAAUACGCAGGGACCAGGUGUCAUGCUCGAGCAAUCGAGUUAUCGGUGCUCGACCCAGCCAUGGUAAUAUCACAUAGAAAAUAGAAGGAAAUUGGCCGGGACCACAUGAAUUGCUCGAGCGAGCCAGGGUACUCGAGUCAUAGAUGCUCGAGCGAGCGGUGUUUCACUGUAAGAUGUUUAACAACCAACUGGAACUACUUCUGGCCUAGAGAGUGUUCUUUUAUUUAAAUUUAGGAUUGUCACUAGUCAUUUUUUGUAUCAGAUUGUAACAUUGGCAGUGUCUUAACUAGUGAAGGUCACCUGCAAAUAAAAACACAUUCCAGCUCUCUCAUUUGUUAUAUUUAAGUACCCGGUAUAAUUAUAGGUUUGACCAUAUGAUAAUCAGUCUCAUAAAAUCAUUUUACAUGAAGAGCCAACAUUUUUAGCUUGACUGUACACAGUACAUAGAGAACUCUCCUACUCAGUCUGGCUUCCAUGUCCACAGCUUGGUUAAAGGUUUGAUGCACUUUCACUUUAUCUGUGUGUUUACUUGAUAGAUUUGCUUCAAACUUAAAAAUGGUUGUUCAGCAUCAUUGCCCACAUAAGGACACAAGAACCAUCACUUAUACCAAUCUUUCAUGAAUUAUUCCCCCUUUUUUCUUUGAUUUUCAUGUUAAAUUUAAUUAUGUACUUAUGUACUGGUGCAUUACCUUAGCAGAAAUAUUUCAUGAAUUAAGUCCUUUUUAGCUCGACUAUUCGAAGAAUAUGGAGAGCUAUAUUACUCACCCCGGCGUCGGUGUCUGCAUUGGUCAAAGUUUUUAUGAAAUGGCUGUAGGUAAGAGUUCUCAACUCUGUCAAGUAUUUUUGGCUGAAUUAUGGCCCGUUUUAGACUUGGAAAUUGGUCCAGUGUCCGUACAAGUACACGUCUUGUGAAAAAUAUUUGACUUGUGGCUUUGAAACUUUGAACACUUGCUUAUCAUCAUAAUUUCCAUCUUUAGGCAAGAGUACACAACUCUGUCGAAUAUUUUGGCUGAAUUAUGGCCCUUUUUGGACUUGGAAAUCAGUAAAAAAAUUUCAUACCAGUCCAUAUUUUGCCAAACCUGUUUGUCAUAUGGCUUUGAAACUUUGACCACUUGUUUACCAUCAUAGUUUACAUAUGUAGGCAAGACACAUAACUAGGACAAGGACUGUAGCUCAGUUAUGGCCCGUUUUUGACAUAGAAAUUAGUUAAGUUUUGCAUACCAUUCCAUAUUUUGUCUAAACUGUUCAAUAUAGGACUUUGAAAACACUUUCUUACCAUCAUGGUCACACAUUGCCAUAUAGUGCAAGACUGACCCAAAUCCACGAAUAUAGAUACAUUGUUUGUCUUGACUAUUUUCUUCUUUCGUCUGAAAGUCUCUGGUAAUAUUUUGACCCCAUACUUCCAUCAGUUCUUCGAAUAGUCGAGUGCUCUGUCAACACAAGCUCUUUUUCCGUUCAUGAUCAUGGUUCUUAUAGUAUACCUAGGGGUAGGUUAUAACAUGUAGAGUAUGUUUUUUUUUCUGGUGACAGUGUUCAGAACACUGAAAUGUUCAGAUAUUAUUCUGAAAUAGUUAGGGUCAAAAUGUAUUCAGACACUUUUCAGAAUACUGAACUGUUCAGAUAUAUUGCAGAUAUAAUCAGAAAGUAAUCAUACAAUUUCUAAAACACUAUCCAUGCUCUGUCAUUAUUCAGACAACAACUUCCUAUUCGGAUAUGUUUCAACAUAUGUUAAGACAUAUUCAGAAAAUAAAUUUCUUGAAGAUGAGUAAAAAGAAAGCUUAUUUUAAAUGUAAGAUUAAAAUAAUUUCCUUAAUUGUAAACAGCAGGUCUUAUAUUCCCACUUGUGGCUAUGUUACCGGAGAAAAUAUUAAGGGAGGUAAUCAGUGAUGUUUGUGAGAUUUAUUCUUUUAUGCAUUACCUUUCCUUCACAAUAUUACUGAGGAAAAUCACUUACAUGUUAAAUUUCUAUAAUGGACUUGUCCAUCUUUCAAUUUUGACAAAACCAUAAACUUUUAAAAGGGGUGCUUACCAAAAACACAUUGACUGAAUGGCGAACAGAGCAGAUCAUGAUCAGACUGCAUGGAUGUGCAGGCUGAUCAUGAUCUACACUGUUCGCAAAGGCAGAAUCAAUCGUGUCCAGCAUGAUAAGGGCUAAAGAACAAAUGAAAUCUGUUUUGUUUGAUCUAUGAAUAUAUUAUUGAAAAAUUUGAUACAGAUUCUACAGUAACAUUUAUUAUACUUUCAAAACCACUCAUCUAUGAAAGAUUUUAAAUUCACAAACUAAAACAUUACUAAUAUAAUUCUGUUUUAAGUUCAUGGCAUGUUGAUAUACAUAAUGUUCAGGUACAAUAAAGUAGAGCCUUUUUGCAACAUACUGGUUACAAGACUUGGAAUAUGUAUGGUUCACAUGGAAUUUAUUGAGUGUAAUUGUUAUGUAUGUACAAGUAUGUAUAACUUAAGUGUGUUUUACCUGUUUUUUCAGAGCUUUAUUUUACAUAUUUGUGUGAAUUCCUUUUAAAUGUUAUAGAUAAAAGAUAUAGUUGAAGGA